UCCACUUUCCGCCCCUCGCCGCCGCCGCCGCCUGCGCCAGGGAUCGUCCUCCGCUCCGGCGAGCAAACCCCGGCCUGCAGCCAUGGUGCUCCAGAACGACAUCGACCUGCUGAACCCGCCGGCGGAGCUGGAGAAGCUCAAGCACAAGAAGAAGCGCCUCGUCCAGUCCCCCAACUCAUUCUUCAUGGAUGUCAAGUGCCAGGGCUGCUUCAGCAUCACUACUGUGUUCAGCCACUCCCAAACAGUUGUGGUGUGCCCGGGUUGCCAAACCGUGCUUUGCCAGCCCACUGGUGGAAAGGCCAGGCUAACGGAGGGAUGCUCCUUCCGCCGCAAGAAUGAUUAAGUUCUAUAUUAUCUGAAAGCCGUCCGGCCUGAACGGGCUUAGUUAAUCCAGGAUGUAGUCUGAAAAUUUUGCAAUGUCUGCCGAGUGAACCCAUGUUUGGUAAUUUAAUCUCUGGGAUUAUGUCAUGACUCUGUUACCAUUGUGUUGGUUGAUCUGGAGAGUAAAAUCAGACUUAGUGCUACGUGAACAACCGGAUUAUUGCCGUGAAUGAAUCGAUAUUCCUGGUUACCUUGGUUUUA